AUGGGCUCGAUAUUGAAUAAACAACAUACUAAUGAAAGUUUAGAAUUAACAAAUUUAGCUAAAACAACGAGAUCAAAAUCAGUCACUGAAAAUCAAGAUGAUUUUGAAGAAGGUAUUUUUGUUUGGCUUGACUCAGCUAAUCAAUAUAAUGAUGACUGGAUAGAAGAAUCCAAUCAUGCUCGAGAAAUAAUAAAUAAUUUAAAAACAUUUGAUAAUCCCAAUGAUUGCAUUAAUUUUAUCAAAAUGGUUGUUAAUGAUAAAGUUUUUCUUUUUGUUUCACAUCAAUACGUUCAUCUAAUAUGUUCCGUUAAAGCUGAACUUCGUUCAUUAUCAUCUAUCUAUGUCUAUUGCGAUUCAACUGUUACAACGAUAAAAAGAACACAAUUAGAAACUUGGGCUAAAACUAAUGAGCCAUUAAUAACUGGUGUUUAUUUAAAUUCAACAGAAUGUUUCUCACAAUUAACGGAAGACGUUAGCGAUGUUUGUGAUCAUGAUUCAAUCCCUGUAACAUAUUUGAGUCCACAGAUAAAAAAUUUAAAUUUAAAACAAGCAAGUUCAUUUCUUAUAUUUCAUUUAUUUUUUCAAAAUAUUUUGUUCCACCUAUCAUCAUCAUCUAUUGAUAAAUCACAAAUACAACGAAUAUUACGUUCAUGCUAUUAUUACUAUCGUGAUAAUUAUAAGCGUUCAGAUGAAAUUAAACAUUUUGAACAAAACUAUAAAUCUGAAUUAGCUAUCGAUUGGUAUUUAAGAACGAAAUUUCUUUCACGUCUUUUACACAAAGCUAGCCGGACACACAAUUUUUCACUUCUAUUUAAUUAUAGUUUUAUUUUUCGUGAUAUACAACGUUUAAUAGAUGAAAACACAUCAAUAGAUUCAGAUAGCUUACAAACGAAAACCUAUUAUCGUGCACAAAAUGUAAAUGCUGAUGAUUUAUAUCGUUUACGUAUGAAUUUAAAUGGUAUUAUAUCAAUAAAUCGUUAUCUUGAUAUUUGUAAAACUAUUGAAGAAGCUAUCAGCGAAGUUUCAUCAAAAUCUAAUACACUUGAAACUGUUUUAUACCAUUUUUCCAUAAGUCACUCAUAUAAAUCAAUAUCAGAUAAUAAAGUUCUUCUUUCGAUUGGUACAUUAUUUCGUAUUCAACAUAUUGGAAUGCAACUUGAUGGUAUAUGGCAUGUACAUUUAAAUCUCAUGGCAAAAGAUGAUAUCAAUGAGCAGAUCAAUAUUUUGUUGAGUGAAAUUGACUCUAUUCCACAUCCAUAUUUAACUAUUGGGCUUGUUUGGGAUAAAAUAAAACAAUCAUCAAAAGCUGAUCGAUUUUAUCGUUUACUAAUUGAUCAUUUACCUAAACUAGAUGAAGAAACAGCACUAAUCUGUAAUUAUGUUGGAGCUAUAUUUCGUCUAAAAUGUCAAUAUGCAACCGCGUUGAAUUAUCAUGAACAAGCAUUAAAAAUUUAUCAAGAAAAAAAUCAAACAAAUUCUUCGUCCUAUGAAAAUAUUGAUCGUACACACGCACAAAUAGCACUUGUUUAUAGAGAUACGGGAGAUAUAUUAGCAGCUGUUAAACAUUUUAAAUUAGCGCUUAAACAAGGAGAAGAAAUUUUAAGUCAUGUCGGAGAAAUCUACAGAAAUUGGGGACAAUUCAAUAUUGCACAAACAUAUUAUCAACAAACUAAAGUAGAAAAUAACAUAGGACUUUGUUAUAUUUAUCAACGAAUGUUUUCACAAGCAUUAUCUCAUUUGAAAAAAGAGACGGAAUCAAUUUCAAAUAUAAAUCUAGGAGUCUAUCAUCAAUUACAAAAAGAAUAUAGUACAGCAUUGAUUUUUUUUGAACGAGCACUAGAAGCUGUUAAGAAUCAUCCCUUAGAUACAGCUAUGAUACAUUCAUAUCUUGGUCUUUUACAUUGUGAUCGACGGCAAUGGUUAUUAUCAUUGAAACAUUAUGAACAAGCACUGGAACUAUAUAAACGUCAUUUAUCAACAGCGAAUCAUCCAACGAUUGCACUUGUUCAUGAUGGCCUUGGAACAUUGUAUCUAAAUAAAGGUGAAUAUCGUGCAGCACAACGUGAAUUUGAACGUUGCUUAGAAUUACAAUUACGUGUAUUAUCAUCGAAACAUCCCGAUGUAGCUGGAACCUACAAUAAUUUAGGUGGCGUUUUUAAUGAAAUGGGACAUUACGAACAAGCAUUAUUAUAUCAUUAUGAAGCGCUUGCUAUAGCCACAGCAACAUUACCGAUGGAUCAUUUUGAUAUAAAAUUAUAUGAACAUAAUAUAACUGAAACUAAACGAAAACUUGCGUAUAAUUAA